AUGAACACGAAAGCGGCAGCGGAACGUCAUGCUAGACAAUUGGUGCAGCUGCUCAAGGAACCUGGAAAUGACCAGUGCGCAGAUUGCGGGGGCAGAUCUCCUCGAUGGGCAAGUUGGAACCUGGGCAUCUUUAUAUGCGUACAGUGUGCUGGCGUGCAUCGAAAGCUGGGAACGUGAGUGGUGGCGAUGGGCGCAAGACGGGAGAGCGGGCGCGUAGGAGUGCAGAGAAGAGCCUGGCUAGCGUACGCCUUCUUCCAGAGCUGACUGCUGCUACCGCACCCGCACCCGCAUCCGCAUUCAGCCACAUCACAAAGGUCAAAUCGCUCACGCUGGACACUUGGACUAGGGAGCAAGUGGACCGCAUGAAAGAGGUGGGAAAUACGCGCAGCAAUGCCAAGUGGAAUCCAGACGAGAAGCGGAAUAGACCGCCUGCGAAUGUGGAAGAGAGCGAGAGGCACAGGUUAGUUGGGGGAGGGGAUUGCCCCCACGGUAUUUACAAUCGAGCUGGCUCGGCUCAUCAACCAUUCCCGGCUGCCUCUUACAAUCCAGCGAGCUUGAACGAUUUAUUGUGAAAAAGUAUCAGGGCGUCUUUAUGGAGCGCAAACCGCCGCCGGUUCCUCAGAAGGAUGCAUCUGCCUUGCGUCCACCACCUUCACCUUUUCGAGCUCGCUCCCCUUCGCCAGCUCAUAGCGCCACCGCACCAACACCCGCUCCUCCUUCAGCUCCAUCUGCGGGUCCGUCUAUCGAGCGAAGCAGGACCGCUCCGAUACCUCAGCAUGGCAACGUUGGCAGCUCAGCCAAGCCCACCUCGCCUCCACCUGCGCUUCCCACGCGCAGUUCCGGCUUGACCGUACCUGGUGGAGCACCACCACGAGCAUCUUCCAGCGCAGCGCUCAUGAACAAUGGCGGUCAUGCAGCAGCAGCAGCAAGUCCCGCACAAUUUGCGUCCCCAUCCGCUUCAACAUCGACACCAACACCCUCAUCCGCACUUAGCACAUCAUCCCGCUCGAGCGUCUUUGACGAUCUGAUCUCGUUGCAGGAAGGUCCAGCGCAGACGGCCCAACCUCCUCUACAGAUGAACCCUUGGGCAGCCAUGCAAGCUCAAGCAGCUGUCUAUCCCUCUAGUCCGCUAGGCACGAACGGCACGUGGACGGGAGCAGCGGGCAUGGGCUACGCAUCAGCAGCAGCAGCAGCUCCUCCUCCUCCUCCUCAUCACGCACCUGUGCAUGCUCAGACGUACGACUUUUCAAACCUCGGUGCUCAGGCUUUUGGACCUAAUGCGCGCAGCGCCAGCGUAG